GAUCCUAGGAUCAACCAUGUGGGAUCCUGCACCUUAACCACCAUGCCACCUGCUGGCUUAUAAUCUGAUAUUUUGUUCAUGAUUCAAGUCAUUGCUUCUGUUGCCACCUUUUUAUGGCAGGUCCACCUCCUACCACUCCCAAUAAGAUUGCAGUUCUCUUAUAAGUAAAGGGUCUCAACCAUCCCGGCAAGUUCUGGGCUCAGAAUUUGUAACAAAAGCCGCUAACUGUACCUUGGUUCUGUUCUGCCCCUGGCUGUGCAGCCCUUGAUAUAUAUCUUUGUGGCUCUAGCAUGAGACUUCAAGUAUUUGGCUCACUAUUAGAGAAAUAAAGAAUAUUGCCAAAUUGAGUCUUCUGUCUGUAGCAAUGUUAACCUCGAGCAAGAGGAUGUCCAGUUCUUCACGGUCCCACAUCCUUCUGAUGUGGAAGCCAGACAAGGCUCAGAGUGGACUCCAUAAUGUUGAGAAGGAAAUGCAUACUUCAAGACUCUUCCGUGACACUGAGACCUGUCGACAGAAUUUUAGGAAUUUUCCAUACCCAGAUCUGGCUGGUCCUCGAAAAGCACUGAGUAAACUCCGAGAGCUCUGCCUUAAGUGGCUGAGACCUGAGAUUCAUUCAAAGGAACAAAUCCUGGAGCUGCUGGUGCUGGAGCAAUUCCUGACCAUCCUGCCUGGGGAGGUUAGAACUUGGGUGAAGUCCCAAUAUCCAGAAAGCAGUGAGGAAGUGGUGACUCUGGUGGAGGAUUUGACUCAAAUUCUAGAAGAGGAAGUUCCUCGAAACUCUACCAUUUCUCAAGAGACUCCAGAGGAUGACACCAGAGGAAGAUCUGCUUUCCAGGCAGGUUGGCGAAAUGAUUUGGCGACCAAAGAAUCAAUGACAUUCAAAGAUGUAGCUGUGGACAUCACCCGGGAGGACUGGGAACUAAUGCGUCCUGUGCAGAAGGAACUGUACAAGACUGUGACAUUACAGAACUAUUGGAACAUGGUUUCUCUGGGACUUACAGUAUACAGACCAACAGUGAUUCCCAUAUUGGAAGAACCAUGGAUGGUGAUCAAAGAAAUUUUAGAAGGCCCUAGUCCAGAAUGGGAAACUGAAACCCAAGCAUGCACUUCAGUAGAGGAUAUUUCUAAACUCAGAAAGGUUGGAACUCAGACCAUCAAGUUGGAAGAAUCAUGUGACUAUGAUGACAGAUUAGAGUGGCAAGCAACAGAUACCUUCAGGAAAAUUCCCACUAACAAAACAAAUUUCAGUUUGAAGUCAGACCCUUCACAAGAUGAUGAUCCAACAGAAGAAUGUCUUAGGAAAUAUGACAUAUAUAGAAAUAAUUUUGAAAAGCAUUCAAACCUAAUUGUACAAUUUGAUACCCAAUCAGAUAAUAAAACUUCUGUGUUUGACGGCAGGGCAACCUUCAGUCAUGUUUCAUAUGGUAUUGUACAUGGGAAAAUACUUCCUGGAGACAAGCCUUAUAAAUGUAAUGUGUGUGGGAAAAAAUUUAGGAAAUACCCAUCCCUCUUAAAACACCAAAGUAGCCAUGCCAAAGAGAAAUCUUAUGAAUGUGAAGAAUGUGGGAAAGAGAAAACUAUCUCAUCCCUCAUUGCGCAUCAAAGAAUGCAUACUGGAGAAAAACCAUAUGAAUGCCACCAGUGUGGUAAAGCCUUCAGCCAGCGGGCACACCUCACUAUACAUCAGAGGAUUCAUACUGGAGAAAAACCCUAUAAGUGUGAUGACUGUGGGAAAGACUUCAGUCAGCGUGCUCACCUUACUAUACAUCAAAGGACACAUACUGGAGAGAAACCUUAUAAAUGUUUGGAAUGUGGUAAAACUUUCAGCCACAGUUCAUCACUGAUUAAUCAUCAGAGAGUUCAUACUGGAGAAAAACCUUAUAUAUGCAACGAAUGUGGGAAAACUUUCAGUCAGAGUACACACCUUCUCCAACAUCAAAAAAUACAUACUGGAAAGAAACCAUAUAAAUGCAAUGAGUGUUGGAAAGUGUUUAGUCAGAGUACUUACCUUAUUCGACAUCAGAGAAUUCAUUCUGGAGAGAAAUGUUAUAAAUGUAAUGAGUGUGGAAAAGCCUUUGCCCAUUCCUCAACUCUUAUUCAACAUCAAACUACUCACACCGGAGAGAAAUCCUAUAUAUGCAACAUAUGUGGGAAAGCCUUCAGCCAGAGUGCAAACCUUACUCAACAUCAUAGAACACAUACUGGAGAGAAACCAUAUAAAUGCAGUGUUUGUGGGAAAGCCUUCAGCCAGAGUGUGCACCUUACUCAACAUCAGAGGAUCCAUAAUGGAGAAAAACCAUUUAAAUGCAAUAUAUGUGGGAAAGCAUAUAGACAGGGUGCAAAUCUUACUCAACAUCAAAGGAUUCAUACUGGUGAGAAGCCCUAUAAGUGUAACGAAUGUGGGAAAGCUUUUAUUUAUUCCUCAUCACUUAAUCAACAUCAGAGAACUCAUACUGGAGAGAGACCCUAUAAAUGUAAUGAAUGUGAUAAAGAUUUUAGCCAGAGAACAUGCCUUAUUCAACACCAGAGAAUUCACACAGGAGAGAAGCCCUAUGCAUGUCGUAUAUGUGGUAAAAGCUUCACCCAGAGUACAAACCUUAUUCAGCACCAACGUGUUCAUACGGGAGCCAAACAUCGUAAUUAAUGGAUAUGAGAGACUUGACAAGUUUUACAGCUUGAUUAUUUACAUUUUAUUUUGUGAGCUCUGUGUGUUAAGAUUAUUCAGAGGAAAUAUAAGUGCAAUAUAUAUAUAUAUUAGAUAACACUCAGCAAAAGUAUCAGAAUUCAUAACAUGGACAUAACCUAUUUAAUUUUAAUGUGAAAUUUAAGAAAAUUCAUUGAUUUCUUAAACCUUUAUUUGAUAUCAGCUUAAUUCAUUCCAGAAAGAAACCACAUGAAAGGGUAUUCAAAAACCUGUAACUCAUCAACUCACUGUAUUUCAAGUACUUCUUAAAUGAGGCCUUAUGAAUAUAAUUUGAAAAAGUAUCCACCAAGUAGAGACUUCACACUAGAGAAUAAUCCUAGGAUUAUAGAAAAGAAAAGCUGCUUUGGGGCCUUUGUUUCUUCCCAGCUUUGAAGCCUUAAACUGUGUAAUGAGUUCCUUUCCCCUUCCUCUUUUUUUUUAACUUCCCCUUUUCCUGCUGUGCCAUAACUGCCAUGUGGAGCCAGUAGGUUUGAAAAAGGUGAAAGUAUCUUAAAAAUGUCUAAGUGACCACUGUUCUUUUAUACUUGCCCUCAAAUACUGGAAAAGCAAGACAGGCUUAAUGAAAGGUCUAUUAGGAUAGGAAAACUAAUGUGUAUAUAAUAUUUAGACAUAUGUACAGAUUUAGUUACAACAGUCAAAAAAAUCAAACACCCCAAGCUUAAAUUAAUCUUUAAAACAUAUUAGCCUUAAUUUGACUAUGUUCUGCUAUCCAAGGUCAUACGGAAGGGAGAAGUAGGCAUCCAGCUCUCUUUUUUUUUCACCUGACUCCUUAACUUACAAUGUUAAGUGGCUGUUUUAGUGUAGGAAGUCUAGUUCUUCCUCCAAAACACGUUUCUUGAGUGCCUACUGUGCUCAGGUCCCAAACUUCUUAAUUGGAUCCUGUCAAGGCUUACUGUAAUGUUAAAAAUUACAGUUGAUUGAAGCAGCAGAAAACUUUCUAGAAUAAUGAGAGAUAAAGUAAGGACACAAUCUAAAUUACUCUGUUAUGGAAGGAUCAUUAGAAACCUGCAAAAAUGGGCUGCCAAAUGCUACCCCAUAAUCCCAAGACACAGAAAUAAUGAAAGCAGCUAUUGAUAAAUAAUAGGAAAAAAAGAUAAUAGAUUUGGGUUCAUUGCAUAAGGUGGGUCAGGAAACAGUCAAGAUGAAACAAAAUAAAGAAUUUUUAGAUAACUUAUAUAACAAGAAAUAUAUUUGGACUUGCUUUACCUAAUAUAGUGGCUAAAUAAGCAAAAUUAGCCUGUCUAUAAGAAAAAAAUAAUAUGACUGAUUUUUAAGGAGUACUUGGAAGCCUUAUGCUCCUUCAUACAUAUGAUGGCACUUCAAAAUGUUUGUAGAAAAAAAUGAAAACUAAAGUAUGAGUUUAUUUUGGUGCAAAAAUAUUUUUUGAAAUGCAUGCAUAGGUUUUCAUAAUGCACAUAUUCCAUGAACUUAUUGAAGACCUCAUGUAUAAGUGAAAUCAAUUACUCUUAAGACAUCAGGAAAUUUUUUUUUCCUUUGGAAAAAGUAUUGUUGCAGAAACUGAUGGAAUAAUCAUUAAGCAGAAUAAAAGGAAAAUUGACAAAUGCAAGUAGCAGUAGGUAAAAAUUACUAUUAAAUUUAAUACAUCAUUCCAGUAUCAGAAUAUAAGGCCCUAUGUACAGAGCUGAGAUUUCAUCUUGCUCCUUUCUGUUUCCCCAGUGCCUUGCAUACAGCAUGUGGUCAGUACAUUGAUUAAAUUAAUAAAAUAUGUAAAUUAAAGCUGAGUAAUAAGAUAUUAUUGACUGGCACAGAACUGUUGUAGAACUAAAAAUGCUUUUUUGUACAUAUCAAUAUAUCGAAGCAGUGUUUGACAUACUGACUGGAUAAGAGGAACUGCUUAAAAACAGCAUCAGAAAUUAUGGGACAUCUUUGCACAAGGAAGUUUUCCUGAGCUAAACAGGGAAAUUGAUAUAAAUUCUGGUACCAUAAAAUACCAGUUUAAUCAUGUAUUGACCCUGCAGCGUUGUUUGGACAUUAUUGUUUAUAUAAGAAACAUCUUACAAACAGGUGCUGAGAAAAGACACCGGGUGCUAUCAUAGCUGAGGCUAUUGUUGAGUGUUUUAAAAAGUUGUUUUCACUUUUCCUUAUGUUGACCUUUAUUUCAUAGUAUCAUUCUUCACAAAGUGCAGGUUGCAAAAUACUCAAAUUAUGCUUAUUCCAUAGUUGUCAUGUUAAAAAAUGACAAUUGUAUUAAAUAUCCAGGGGUUUUUGGAUGCCACUUCAUCCCUUACACUUCUUUCUCUUGAAAUGAAUGUGUAGUAUGUUAACAGUCCAUAGCAUCUUCUCUUGCAUUACUUUGUAUUUCCUGCUUUUUGUGUUUUAUGUAAAUAAUGCAUUUAUAAAGUCUUCCACUGACAGAGACAACUGGUGCCCUUAUAAAAUAAUAGAAUAAUAAUAGUGGAGAA